GCGGCCAAAACGUGCUGCUGUUUUGCUUUUGCUUGCGUAAAUUGUGUUUUGUUUGUGCCGCCCGUGCGCUAAAUAUAGAAAUAGGUGCCGCAAAAGCAUUCGAAAUUUGAAUAUAGGAAAAUGCAAUAUUAAUUUAAGCUGCUGGCAGGUGUGCGUUCUCUAUUCAUUAUGUUUUAAGCACUGGCCGCAAUGGAAUUGCCUGCAACGUCCUCAACCACAAGGCUGGAAAUCAAACGUGGUACGCGCAUUUUAACCGAAAAGCCCUUUGCCUAUGUGCUCAAGUCUAAAUAUCGGCUGGAGCGCUGCGACAAUUGCCUGGAGGCGGUUAAGGUGCUCAAGUGCUCCAAUUGCCGUUAUGUGUCAUAUUGCAAUCGCGCCUGCCAGCAACAGGCCUGGCCGCUGCACAAGCACGAAUGCCCCUUCCUCAAGCGCGCCCUGCCCCGCAUUGUGCCCGAUGCGGCGCGCAUGCUGUGCCGCCUGAUACUGCGCCUGGAGCACGGCGGCGAUCUGGAGCGUGGCUACUACACGGCGCAUGGAUCGCGCAAGUUUCGCGAUUUGAUGUCGCAUUACGCGGAGAUCAAGAACGAUCCGAAGCGUCGCGAGCAUCUGGAAGCAUUGCACGCCGUGCUCACGGACAUGAUGACCGACAGCAGCAGCGGCAGCACAGUGCCCAAUCCCACCGAACUGAUGAGCAUUUAUGGCCGUCUCAUAACGAACGGCUUCAAUAUACUGGACGCCGAGAUGAACUCCAUAGCGACUGCCAUUUAUUUGGGCGUAUCCAUUACGGAUCACAGCUGCCAGCCGAACGCUGUGGCCACAUUUGAGGGCAACGAGCUGCAUGUGCACGCCAUUGAGGAUUUGCCGUGCCUCGACUGGUCCAAGAUCUACAUUAGUUACAUCGAUCUGCUCAAUACGCCCGAACAGCGACGCGCCGAUCUCAAGGAGCAUUAUUAUUUUCUGUGCGUCUGCAGCAAGUGCAUUGAUCCCCAGGAGAUGCACGAAAUGACCGCCGCCGUCUGUCCCAAUGCCAGCUGCGAUGCCAGCGUCAACAUUGAGCUGGCCAAGUGUCAAAGCUGCGAUGCCAGCGUUACGCCGGAACUACGUACCGCCUACAAUGAGAUCAUGUCGCUGACGCAGAGCAGCCUGGACUCCAUGAAGGAGGUGGCGUAUCUGGACGUGUGCAAGGUCUGCCUGGCGAAGCAGCGUGGCGUGCUGCAUCCGCUGAACGUUUGGCACGUGAAGACGUUGGACGCGGCCUUCGAGGCUGCCAUCAAUGUGGGCAAGUGGACAGACGCGCUGGAGUAUGGGCAGCAGCUGUUGCCCGGCUUUGCCAAGUACCAUGGCGCCUGGAACCCGCUGUUGGGCCUGCUGCACAUGAAGCUGGGCAAGAUACAGCUGUAUGAGCGCAACUACAAGCAAGCGGUUUAUCAUUUGCAGGAGGCGCAGCGCAUAUUGAACGUGACACAUGGCCGGGAUCAUCGGCUGCUGUUGGAGCAGCUCCAUCCGCUCAUGCUGCAGGCCAGGCACGAGAUGAGCUGAGCUGAGCUGAACAAGAUUUAAUGUUAGUUUGUACGCUUGAUUCAAAUGUAUUUGCAUUAAAAUUAACACACUA